GGAAAAAGUAUCUAAUUCAUUACAAAAUAGAAAAGAGUCAAUGCAUUCUAUUCAUUCAGGAGAUAGACCUGAUUUGCAAGUUCUUUUAAUGCUCGAUUCUGAUGAGUGUGAAUUAGUAUUUACAGAGAUUUCACAAUUAGGUUCUCGUUCAAAUAAACAGAAUUACGAUUGGAAAAAAUUAAAUCGUUUAU